CCUGGAUUCCAACGAAUCUUCAUCGUACGACAUGCACAACAUACUAACAACAAAAUGCCUUCAAGCACAGACAAUAGUACGAUCGUGAAGGAACCACUUCCCGCCUCGAUUCCAGAUCUGCGGAACCGUUUACCCAAGCUAGAGCCUCGCCGUCGACAAGCCCCUUCGUCGAAUCCUCUCCCAGUGCCCGAAACCCCAACUCUACCUCCGCCACCAGAGCUUUCAUCGCUGACCUUCCAGAGACCGACUAGACGAAUCCUUUCUCCAAAGGACCAUGAGCUAUUUCUGGCUUCGAAAACGUACGAUUUGCUCGUAGCCUUCGUGUUUGGUCUUACAGAUUCUGUCAUCGACACGCCUGUCUCUGUUGUGAGAGACAAUGACCUGAGCCCGGCACUCAAGACAAUACUCAAUAUCCUAGACAACGUGGAAGAUGUGGUUGGUCGCAGUCCACCAGAAGAGCAAGGCGAUUCAAGAUUUGGGAACAAAGGCUUCAGGGACUUCGUCGACCUCGCCGCUAAAGAGCACACCUCGUGGCACGAAUCACUCCAUGUACCCUCAUCUGCCGUACCAGAAAUCUCAACAUACUUCUUACAAUCUUUCGGUAACCGCACACGGAUAGAUUACGGCUCUGGACAUGAGCUGAAUUUCAUGCUCUGGCUGCUAUGCCUCUACCAACUUCGCAUUAUCACGCCAUCCGAUUUCCGACCCCUCGUCCUCAAAAUCUUUACAAGAUACCUUGAACUUAUGCGAAAGAUACAAAAGACAUACUACCUCGAGCCUGCAGGUUCGCAUGGAGUGUGGGGUUUGGAUGAUUACCAGUUCUUGCCAUUCCUUUUUGGGGCAUCACAACUUUUACAUCAUCCGUUCAUACGACCAAUGUCUAUACACCAGAGUCUCACGUUAGAGGAGUUUGGGAAGGAUUAUCUAUACCUAGGUCAGGUCAACUUUGUCAACAGCGUCAAGAACGUUGAGGGACUACGUUGGCAUAGUCCUAUGCUUGACGACAUCUCGUCUGCGAAGAACUGGUCGAAAGUUGAGGCUGGGAUGCGACGUAUGUUCGUUGCUGAAGUACUGAAAAAGCUACCUGUUAUGCAACAUUUUCUAUUCGGAAGCUUGGUUCCUGCCGUAGAGGAGAUGAGCAGAGAAGAAGAGCUAGGUGUACCAAGUGAAGAGGAUGAUCCAGAGGGAGGAGAAGUCGUGGUUAUGGUUGAUGGAAUGAGACAUGUGCAUCAGAUGAAUAGCUGGGGAGACUGCUGCGGAAUCAAGGUGCCGAGUAGUGUUGCUGCAGGACAAGAGAUGAAGAAGAGGAUGGGCGGAGGCGAAGGGUUAAGGAGGAUACCUUUUGAUUAGAUUGUGUAUGAAUGAAGAUACCAAUAUAACUUCUAUGUUCAAGGGUGAAUAGCCGCGCAUAUCCCUGUCUUGUUGGGCUUCGUU